UUAUUUAUUUACAUUCGUUUCCCAUCCGUGGCACGGUCACCACAUAUUAAUUAAAAACACUAAAGUUACAAAAUGGCAUCUUAUAUGGUAUCAUUUUUAAUAGUGAUUGCUCUUAUAGUUGGAACACAAGGUGCCCAAGAUCAACCAAGUAAUUAUGACUUAAGCAGAAAUAAAAUAGGAACUAGCAGAAACGGCGCUGGCUUCGGACAAUAUCCUGGUCAGUACCCUGGCUACGGACAGUAUCCCGGACAGUACCCUGGCCAGUAUCCAGGGAAUGGAUUGUAUCCGGGGCAGAACCAGCUUCCUGGCCCGCCAGGCGCUCACCCGGGAUGCCCGCUUUGUGAUUCCUCUGUCUACAGUUAUUGUUCUCACAAACAAGCACAUGACUCGUGCUGUUGUGAAAACCAAUCUUAUCUUCCCUUCUCCUGCCGUAAAAGGGACUGCAACUUCAUCUAUGCGAACUCCUGCCAAGAAUACCACUUAAUCACGAACUGCUGCUGCGUAGAUCUUCAGAAGAGUGCGCCAGUACAAGCCGUGGUACCGGCUGUCGUUGUUUAGAUUCUUUAAACUAUUGUGCAGUUUUCGGAACGAAUUUUUCUAUUGUAAACUUUGGUAGGAAUUUAUUUCGCCUUUAAAAAUUUAAGAGCUAAUUUUGGUAUCUUCAUAAUGCCAAAUUUGCUAUAAUUAUAAAAGUUUUGACGUCUAUAAAAAUAGCAAGAACUUGUUUCAAUUAUUUGCGAAGUUUAUAAAUACUAACAAAGAACAGAAUUUCGUUUAAAAAACUGCACGACCUCUCUUUUUUACUCAUUUUAUAUAAGUUAGUAAGUAAAUCUAAAUCCUAGCUUUAAAUUAAUUUUAUACGAAAUAAAAAUCUGGAAACGC